UUUUCAAGACUAUAAACUCUCCUAGAAUUCCACGUUGCACUAACUUUUUUCACAUUCUCUUUAAAAUUCUUCAGAAACUAGUCUCAAAAAAUGUUUGUUAAAUGUUUAUUACUGUUUUCGUUUUUGUGUUUACAUCUUCAGUUCAGCUACGGCGUAACAGAUACAGUCGUUUGCUACUACGCCAGCUGGGCUAUUUAUCGUCCAGAUAAAGGAGAAUUUCACCCAGAAAGCAUCGAUCCAACAAUAUGCACCCACAUCAAUUAUGCCUUCUUAGGAAUUUACCCCAAUGGAACUUUGCAAAUGAUAGAUGAAUGGGGUGACAUCGAGAAAGGUAACUUCCAAGAAGUGGAAGCUUUAAAAGAAAUCAACCCAAAUUUGAAAACCAUUAUCAGCGUUGGAGGCUGGAACGCAGGAAAUGCCAUUUUAUCACCUAUAGCCGCAUCCGCAGAAUUUAGAGCAAAUUUAAUUGCUAGUUGUUUAGAAUAUUUCGAAACCUAUGGAUUCAACGGUUUGGACAUCGACUGGGAAUAUCCAGAAGCCAAAGAUAAAGAAAAUUUUAUAACUCUUCUGAGAGAAAUCAAAGAAGCCUUCCAACCCGGAGGAUACGUCCUUACCAUAGCUGUUUCUGCUAUUCCCAUAGAUGACGCCUAUGACAUCCCUGGAAUGUCCGAAAACGUAGAUCUUAUAAAUUUGAUGACUUAUGACUUCCAUAUUGCUGGAGGUGGCAUCACUGGUCAAAAUUCACCACUUUAUUGGGGAGCAGCUGACUCUGCGUGGCAAAAAGAGUACGAAAAUGUGAAUUCUACGGUUGUUAAUUGGGUUAAUGAAGGUGCAGAUCCAGCGAAGCUUACCAUUGGUUUAGCGUUUUACGGUCAUACGUUCCAAUUGACUGAUCCUGCCCAGCACGAUCUUGGAAGUCCCGUAUCAGACGCAGGAAUGUCUGGACCGUAUACUAAAGGUUAUGGUAUCAUGGGUUACAACGAAAUUUGUGAAUUAACUGGCGACUGGACUCGAGUCUUUGACGAUCAACAAAAAGUGCCUUAUAAAUACAAAGACGAUCAGUGGAUUGGGUAUGACGACGAAGAAUCUGUUGCGUUAAAGGUUCAGUAUGCCAAAGAUAACAAUUUGGCGGGUCUUAUGAUAUGGACGGUAGAUAUGGAUGAUUUUCUGGGACUUUGUGGUACCAAAGACGGGUUGUUACAAACAAUCAAAAAUAAUUUGUAAUUGUUGUAAUGAAUGUUUACAAGGUUUCAUCAGAGUUUGAAAUACAUUUCCUUCAAUUGCUA